GGAGCAUUUAAUGUUAACCGACUCCGUCACGUUUUUUCAAAUCAAGGUUUCGUCUUUUUAAAGCAAGUUCACAAUCUCCUUCUCCAUUAUCGAUAAAGGUCAAAGCUUUUCACUUCUCUGGUUCUAAGGAUUCAAUCCAUCAAUCCAUGGCGAAAGGCUUGUUUGAUCUGGAAAACAACUUCGCUUUCUACGGCGCGUAUCACAGCAAUCCAACCAAUGUUCUGAUCCAUAUGCUCUUCGUCUGGCCUAUCUUCUACACCAGUCUUAUUCUUCUCCAAUUCACUCCUCUUCUUCUUCAUGUUCCUUUUGGCUUUGGCGGUGGUGUUGCUUGGUUGCCCCUCAACUUCGCCUUUGUCUUUGCCCUCAUCUACGCCUUGUUUUAUGUAUUUAUGGAUAAGAAAGCUGGCUCCUUGGCCGCCCUUCUCUGCAUGCUCUGCUGGCUUGGCAGCGAUGCCAACGCCUCUCGUCUUGGCUUCUCUCUCGCUUGGAAGGUGGUCCUGGCGGCACAGCUGUUCUGCUGGACCGGGCAAUUCAUAGGCCAUGGUGUGUUUGAGAAACGGGCGCCCGCUCUUCUUGAUAACCUGUCUCAAGCAUUCCUGAUGGCUCCUUUCUUUGUUUUACUGGAGGCACUUCAACAUUUCGGCUAUGAACCGUAUUCCGGUUUUCAUGCCAGUGUCCGUGCAAAGAUAGAGGCAGCACGGAAGGAAUGGGAAGCAAAGAAGGGCAAGAAAACUAUGUAACUUUUGUUUGUGAUUCAAUGGAGAGAACUUCCUCUGAUUGUUUCAACUUAAAAUACAUAAUAAUUAGCAAGAGAUGUUAUAAACAUGUCAA